GUUCAGACAGAACAUGGCGGUGCUAGACAGGAUGUGCAUAAGCUCUUAAAUUUUUGCGUUAACAAAUAGCAAUAUUUGGUGGGUUUCUACGUUUAACUGAAAGAUUAAUUCAGUGUCUUUUACAUUGUUAAAUAAAGUGUGAAUUAAAAUAUUUUAUUUAUUAUCGUCUUUAUGGACCAAUUUGCAAUGAAAAUCAUUACUUCAUUGGUGGUGUAAAAAUAAUUGUGACAAAUAUAGCACAUUAUUUCAGAUUAAUUUUGAUAAAUAAAAAGGAUAUUCUUUACAUGCCACAAUUUAUCAAUAGAAUGCUGUAAAUUGGUGUAACCUGAAUCAAUGGUAGCAAGCCGUGGGGGACAUGGCUACGCUUAUCCAAGAAAACGGUAUCAAGGAGUUGAGCAAAGGCACACACGGGGUUGUGACAAACCAUGGCAUAUCAGCUCAUAGCGUCGCCAGUCACAUGGUGCCCGACCAUGAGUACUGCGAAACAGCAAAGCCCCAGGAACCUCAGCAGCCCUGCGUCACCUCUGGCGAAGAGGUGCCGAUGGAGGCCACGGCCGAAGACGAGGAGGAAACUCCGGAAAUAGACAUCUUGAUAAACAAUGUUGUGUGCAGUUUUAGUGUUAAGUGCCACCUGAAUUUGAGACAAAUAGCAUUGAAUGGUGUUAACGUAGAAUUUCGACGCGAGAACGGAAUGGUGACGAUGAAACUAAGGCGGCCGUAUACGACGGCGUCUAUCUGGUCGUCGGGGCGUGUGACAUGUACCGGUGCCACUAGCGAAGACCAGGCAAAGGUUGCAGCGCGCCGAUAUGCGCGUGCGCUUCAGAAGCUCGGUUUCCAGGUCCGCUUCCAGAACUUCCGCGUCGUCAACGUCCUUGGCACCUGCCGCAUGCCCUUCGGAAUACGGAUCAUAUCCUUCUCUAAGAAAUAUAAGGAAGCUGACUACGAGCCGGAGUUGCAUCCAGGCGUUACGUACAAACUUUACAAUCCUAAAGCCACAUUGAAGAUCUUCUCCACGGGUGGUGUCACCAUAACAGCCCGGAGCGUGAGCGAUGUGCAGUCUGCUGUGGAGCGCAUCUUCCCGCUGGUGUACGAGUUCCGCAAGCUGCGCACUCCCGCAGACGAGGAGCUGCUGCGACAGCGGCGCGCGCGUCACGCCCCGCCACCCCCGCCGCUCGCUACCGACCUGCGCCUCGUCACGCUCUCCGACGACGAGGACAAUGCCGCAGCGCCCCACGCCAACGCCAACGCCAACGCCGACGCCCACGUCGAUGCCGACGCCGACGCCUGGGAAUGACGACGCCGACGCGCGACCGCGUCUCCGUCGUCGGCGAACUUUCCGGUUCAUGCCAAAGAUAUUUAUUAGAGGUGCUUCGCGCUUGUCCCGCGCGAAACGCGCUCGCGCUUCGAUCGACGAGUGUAUCCUAUUGUGGGCGCGGCCACGCCCCCCGCCCCCCGCACCCGGCACGUAGGCGACGUACGCUCGCUCUGGAAACGUCUACCGCUUCAGGUUUCAUAUAAAAUCGAUUAUAAUGAUUAUAGAAAACCCACCGAAUUGAAUUCGGUUUGCAGAAUUUUAUCACUUUUGACAAUAAUUCGUGCAGUUCGCGAAUAGUGUGCUUGUAUAAGAGUUUGACGUAAACUAUGUUGUUUUAUAAGAUGUAUGUAAUGUAUCGUAGUGGGUUUCCACAGCGAGCACUAUCGGGUGGGCGUGGGCGUGGGCGCGGACAUGGGGCGUGGUCGUGUGUACGUUGUUGCGUCGCGUGGGCUCGUUCGUUAUUGAAUGUAUAACGUCUGUUGAGAGCUAAUCUCCGAUACUGAUACUCAAUUCGUAUUCAUUUUUGCCGUUCGUUGCAGUUAUGAUUGAAAUUGUAGUGAUAAUAGUGUUCACGAUAAGUCUCGUUCUAAGAAAGUGAUGACUGAAUGAUUAGUUAGUCCUUAGUGAUUGUAAAUAAAGCUUAGACAUUAUAAAUUUGAA